GAAAGGCUCCAUGUUAGUAUCCAUUCACGCGCUUGCCACGGCCGAGAGCUCACAAGAAAGGACAAACCGAAACCAAGGAAGGACCUUACAAGUCCGUUUUAAAACGAAUACGACCGAAAAGGCAAAUAGAUGUGCAUGUACAGCAGAUACAACUGAAAAAAAAUUCAAAACGACCGCUCCGGAUUUAUAUAUAGAAAUAUAUUCAAGAGCUGAAAUUAUAUAACAAGAGGACAACCUCGGAACACGUUGCAUUCAGUGAGUCAUUGACAAAUAAACUGGCAUUCCGUUCAGUCGUAUGAAUGAAUAACAGUACAGACCGUCUUUGAAUAAUAUUCGCACAAGGAUUCGUAUUGUGUCCAUUGUAGAUUGCAGCAAGGACCGAGCCGUGGACCACAGAAUUCGUUCAGCUUAGUAAGACAUAACAUUAUUCGAAACUGAUUUUUUUUUAUGGCUGGUGACGCCGCGAUUACCUCAAUGCCCGAGUCCUCACUGUAAGGUGUACCGCUUCCCUUCGGACACGCGCUGGAUUGCGAACGAAAGACACAUUCUUCCCUAAGCCUCAAGUCCGGGUUUUUGGCCCACUAAUGCUCGAUAAAUUCAAACCCGUUCAUUUCGAUUCGGUAAUGGCAAUCAGCAAGACCGUGGAAUGGCUGAGAGAGCAGCUAGAAACGCGCAGCGACUGCCUGCUGGUGAUGGACUGCCGAGCCCAGGAGCUGUACGAGUCGUCGCACGUCGAGACGGCGAUAAACGUUGCCAUCCCCAGCCUCAUGCUCCGGCGGCUGAAGAAGGGCAACUUGCCCAUAAAGUCCCUCCUGGCGAACGGAGAGGACCGGGAGAGAUUCGCGCGGAGGUGCAAGACGGACACGAUCGUGCUCUACGACGAAUACAGCAGAGAAUGGAACGAAAAUGUCGACGGCGGCUCGGUGUUGGGACUGCUGCUUCGGAGAAUGAAAGACGAGGGAUACAAGGCUUUUUACUUAGAAGGCGGCUUCAACAAAUUUCAAGCCGAGUUCCCCGCCUUGUGCGACACCAAUUUGGAUAGCUCGUCCGGCAGCAGCUCCCCGAGUUCCCACGUUCUGGGGUUAGGCGGCCUGCGGAUCAGCUCCGACUCCUCCGACAUCGAGUCCGACAUUGACCGCGACCCCAACAGUGCCACCGACUCGGACGGAAGCCCCCUGUCGAACCCGCAGCCUUCUUUCCCCGUGGAGAUCCUGCCCCAUCUCUACCUGGGCUGCGCCAAGGAUUCCACGAAUCUGGACAUUUUGGAGGAAUAUGGGAUCAAGUACAUCCUGAACGUGACGCCCAACCUCCCCAAUUUGUUUGAGAACGCUGGGGAGUUCAAGUACAAACAGAUCCCCAUCUCGGAUCACUGGAGCCAGAAUCUCUCCCAGUUCUUCCCAGAGGCUAUCGGGUUCAUUGACGAGGCCCGCAGCCAGGAGUGCGGCGUCCUGGUGCACUGCCUGGCGGGAAUCAGCCGCUCGGUCACGGUGACGGUGGCCUACCUCAUGCAGAAGCUCAACCUGUCCAUGAACGACGCCUACGACAUCGUCAAGACCAAGAAGUCCAACAUCUCGCCCAACUUCAACUUCAUGGGCCAGCUGCUGGACUUCGAGAGGACCCUGAGCCUGGCGAGUCCCUGCGACAACCGCGUUUCUGCCUCCGCCGCCGCCGCCGCCGCCUCCGUCUCCUCCGCCCAGCCCCCCCUCUACUUCACCACCCCCACCAACCACAACGUCUUCCAGCUGGACGCCCUGGAGUCCACGUGAGGCGCCCCCGCCGCCGCGGCUGAGGAGACGUCCUCUCUUCUGGUUUUUUUCCCCCCUCACUCUCGACCCGUCGAGAGGGUUUCUCGACGCGGUUUUUGCGGCGGUCGGGAGGGCCGAGUCACCGGCGGGUGGAGCCGAGCCGCCCGGAGACGCGAAGCUGAAGCAGAGCUGCGGGUGUGCUGGGGUGGGGUGGGGGGGCAGGGGGGCAGAGCCUCUAUCCCCCUCUCUGACUGGGACUCGCAGAGUCCGCCCCCCUCCCAAAGCUCGCGGGGAAGAUGGACAGAUGCAUGCUGACGAGAAGACUGGGGAUGCCAAAGAAACGCUGUUGGUCAAAUUGGACAUUAUUAUUAUUACUACUACGAUCAUCAUAAUUGCUACUAUUAUUAUUAUUACUAUUAUUGUCAUUGUUAUUAUUACGACUACUUGCGAGCACUUAUGCCCACGGUUGUCUGUUUAGCUUGGGUGUAAAUCCGUUGUCUUCUGGGAAGACGCCGAGUUUUUGGGGUGAAGCACCCCAGGUUCAGAGGGUACAGAGGCAUGCCACGUCAUGUAAGUGGAGUCGGUGGAAACAUUUAUACUUGUGUAUAUAUCCUGCGUGAGACCUAAGAGGACCUCACUAAGACCACGCCCUUUUUUGCAAAUGAGUAGCUAGUUUUGUUUCCGCCUCUCUUAAAUUUUUAUGUAAACCUACGUACCGAAUAUUGAUAUAUCGUUGUUUAAUAAAGCCAAAAAAUCUAUAGGUUUUUAAGAUUUUAAAAUGUGCAUACGUUGUAAUAUAUUCUGAUGUUUUCUUGAUGUCUGGGUUGAAUUGAUACGCCUUUGCUUUCGAUCACCCCCUUCACACGCACGUACACACACACACACACAGACACACGCAAAGGUGAAUCUCUGUCACCUUGUUCGUUUAUCGCCUGUUUUGUACAUAGCAUUAUUGCCACUCUCAACCCCCCCCUCCUUUCCAGUCUGUCACAGUUUUUUCCACCUGCAAAACCAUCCCCAAAGCACUGCUAUUUCGGAAGCCGUCAUGGAAAGAAUCAAAUAAAAAACAUAAAUAAAAUAUACACAUACGUAUGUAUGUACGUAUUCAUAUGUACAUGUAUGUAUUUCAAUUGAGUUUGAUUUUAAUUGACAGUGAUGGCCUCCUCUGUAAUGUGGUGCGUAGGGUUGGGGUUACAGAGUGCAUGCAGUCCUAUCAGAUGUUUCACAGGGGGCGCCAUGUUGAGUAACGCGAUCCGCUCAGUAGCGUGGGAUCCGAGGAGGAGGGGGGGUUUUCGGGGGGGGGAGUUUUGCAGCGCUGCCUAAUUUACUCCCACGUGUACAGCGUGUCGAGGAAGGUUCGAGCGAAACGCCUUCGCUUGCACAGAACUGUGGGAGCUGUUGUGAGACGGAGAGGAACGGCCUCUCUCUCUUCAGGGAUAACUGUAGGAAAUUACACUUUCGUGUCGGAGACGUCGGGGUGGGGGGGGGGGGGGGUGGGGGGUGCUGUUGGUGCAACUGCGAUGGCAGCUCACUGGUAUAUGUGUGUGUGGGGGGGGGGGGGGCAUGGUACCCAUAUCACGAAUGUAAUGCAAAAUUAAGUUAUUAAUAAAUUGAUAUUUUGUCUA